GGAUAUCAGCUUAUCAACAGACUGAGUUCCUACUGCCACCUUCACAUGAAGAAAGAGACCUUGCAAGGAAACAACACUGACCACCAAUACCAGCUUUUAAAAAGAGGAAGAUCACAAUACAGGGUCCAUUCCCAAAACAGGAUGAACAACAUGAAAUUUCAUGCUAUGCUUUAUUGUUCCUUGGAGGUAUAGGAUAAAGAAUGGGAGAAAAACAGAAAAGACAACAAAAACUUUGGAAUGUUCCACGGAUUCCUUGCAUUCGGGUCCCUUCCACUGCGUACACCCACAAUGCUUCCUUAAUGAAGGACCUGACCCAAGGGCAGCAACGCUACCUUCACAGCAUCAUGAGGAUUUACAAUUCCAGGCCCCAGUGGGAGGCCCUGCGGAACCGUUAUAUUCACAGCCUUCAGCACCAGCAGCUGCUUGGCUAUAUUACUCAACAGGAAGCCUUGGCUUGUGCCGCUGUACUUAGAGAUUCAACCAAGAGAGCCUCAGCUAAGGUGGCUCCUCAAAGAUCCAUCCCCCAGAAGCCUUCAACCAUGACAAGAACGUGGCUGCCAGCCCUACCUGGGUCUGUGGUUCGACCCAGGGCUCAAAGGGCAGGGCCUGCAUCCAUCAGGAAUUGA